CUCAAGCUUUCUGACCUGGGCUCGCUCGCCUUGCUGGCAGGCUGGGGCGUGCCCAGCGUGGAUGUGUCCGCGGGUGGACGCGGGGGAGCGCGCUGACAGGCGCCUGGAGGCUCAUCGGCGAUGGCCUCGCUGCGCAUUUGCAUGGUCUGCGAUUUCUUCCACCCACGGCUCGGUGGGGUGGAGAUGCAUAUAUACCAGUUGUCGCAGUGUUUAUUGCAGCGUGGCCACAAGGUGAUUGUGAUCACCAGCGCGCGCAAGCACCGGCACGGCGUGCGCUACAUGUGCAAUGGAUUGAAAGUGUAUUAUGUGCCGUUCUUGCCGUUCCACGACGAGACAACACUGCCCACUUUCUUCACGUUUUUCCCACUGUUGCGAAAGAUCUUGAUCAGAGAACAGAUUGACAUCGUGCACGGUCACCAAGCCACUUCUAAUCUCGCCCACGAGUGUUGCAUGCACGCCCGGACGAUGGGCUCCAAGGUUGUCUAUACCGAUCAUUCCCUCUUUGGAUUCGCGGAUGCUGCUUGCAUACAUCUGAACAAGUUGCUCACGUUCUUCCUCACGAACGUCCACCACUGCAUAUGCGUAUCGCACACCAACAAGGAAAAUUUGGUGCUGCGGGCCAAGCUGCACCCAGCAGAUGCCUCCGUCAUUCCGAACGCGGUCGACACCGCGCGCUUCAAGCCCGACCCCUCGAAGCGGCCGCCGCCGCCCACGGUGAACAUCGUGGUCAUCAGCCGCCUGACCUACAGGAAGGGCACCGACCUGCUGGUGGACGCCGUGCCGGCCAUCUGCCGCAGGCACCCGCACGUCAACUGGAUCAUCGGCGGGAGCGGCCCGAAGCGCCUGCUCCUCGAGGAGAUGACCGAGCGGGAGGGCCUCCACGACCGCGUCCAGCUGCUCGGGAGCGUGCCGCACGACAGCGUCCGCGACGUGCUGGUCCGCGGGCACAUCUUCCUGAACACGUCGCUCACGGAGGCCUUCUGCAUCGCCAUCGUCGAGGCGGCCUCGUGCGGCCUCCUGGUCGUCGCGACCGACGUCGGCGGGGUGCCGGAGGUGCUGCCGCCGCACAUGGCGCGCCUCGCGCCCCCCCGCAGCGAGUGCAUCGUCGAGGCGCUGUCGGGGGCCCUCGGCUCCCUGCCCGCCCCCGAGCAGGCCGUGGCCUUCCACGGCGAGGUGCGCGGCAUGUACUCUUGGCACGACGUGGCGAGGCGCACGGAGCAGGUGUACCGGCGCGUGGCCGCAACGCCCGACGAUUGCCUCGGGCAGCGGCUGCUGAGCUUCCUCCGCGUGGGGCGGGUGUCGGGGAAGGUGUUCAUGCUGAUGGCCGCCCUCGACACCCUGCUGUGGUGGCUCCUGGAAUGGCUGCAGCCCGAGUCCACAGUCGAGGUCCGCGCCCGUCGGCUGGCCGCCCCACACUCAUGGUCGCCGCGGAGCUGCCCCGCUGCGCCGCCGCGGCCGAGGGAGCCAAGUACCAGCGGAAAGCGCAUUUCGAACAGGGUUCCCUUUCUACUCCACAGUCUACGACGCUCGGGGUGCCAGGGGAGAUCGCGGUCAACCUUCGGAGGGAGCGGGAGCAGAAGUUGGAGGAGAACGACGCGACGAGAGCGAGCCGGAGCCAAGCCGGGGUGCCCGACUGGGGGGAAAUCGUCUCGAAUAUCGCCGACGUUGCCGAGAACAUGGUAGACGCGAAUUUUCAGGACGUCGAGGAGAUCAAACCCGAGGACCGUCGCCGGCACUUCGAUAAAACCAGCGGGACGCAAGCCACCCCGAAGGUUCAGGUCGCCGCCCAUCGAGAUCAGAAGCCGAUCGCCCAGGAGUUAGAUGCGCCGCCGACGCUCGCCGAGCUCGCGCGCGAUGAAGAGCACGCGCACCUCAGCUCCUGGGGGCGACGAGAUUACCGCGGAUAUGCUUCGAAGCGCCCAGAUAUCUACACAGGUCUACCGCCGACGCUAGCUGCUGCAUACCGCCGCCUACACUCCGAAACCGAGUACCAGGAGCUCUUGGACAUAUUGCCUGGGAUUCAGUUGCAGCGCUCCAAACGUUUGAGCUGUGCCACGGGGCGGAAGCAGCGGCGCGACCCCGACGACGUGGUCCAGAAGGUCUUCCGCGCGAUGGGAUUCACCGACCAUGUUUCAUCGUGGACCGAGGCCAAGCGCCUCGAGGCCACGCAGCGCACGGUGUCCGACGCCCUGGGCGACAGAGGCGAAGAGGCGCAUCCAGGAAAGGACGAGUUCCUGCAGACAGGCGUGCACGACGAGGACGGAGCGUUGAUGGACGCGAGCAAGAGGACGCAGUCGGCGUCCAAAGCGUGGGUCAGGCUGAAGUACCCGACGGGCGCCGCUAAGCUACCGCUGAAGGCUCAGGGCCAGAUCUUCACAGCCGCGGUGAUCAAACGACGGCAUCGCCACCUUGGGCAGUGGCAUUGGCGUCUGCUCCAGCUCGCGAUGGCCAAGAUGCAGAUCCCAGAGACCGAAUGGCACGUUCGAUGGCGAGAGCUGGCCAAUGUCGAGGCCGGAAAGACGUGGGCGGAGCUGGCGGCGAAGGCCAAGGUUGCGGGGGGCGCCGGCGAGGCCCAACCGCAGAAGGAGAAGGAUGGGAAGGAACGUCGUGGAGAGGCAGGCGCCGGCGAAGAAGACUUGACCAGGGGCGACAAGAAGGAGUUGAGGGCGCACGUGCCGGAAGGUAGCCAGCGCCCCGUAGUCUUCAAGUGCAGGAUGGAGCUCAUACAGAAGGAGCUGGAGGCCGUGGUGGAGACCUCGGCGGAGGCAAAGACCACGGUCGCACACUAUGCAGCGCUGACCCCGACGGCCUUCGACAGCUUUCUCUACCGUGCGAGGGCGCCGAGAGCGUCCGAGCAGUGCGCUCUUGCUCCAGCGCGGCUCGCCGCGCCUCGGCCCCGGGCCGCCCGCGGGGAGCGCGGCGGCGCCAUGCCCACCGGGCGCAGCGGCGGGUGGUGCGGAGGCGCGGGCUCUUCGGAGGGCACGUCGUCCUCCUCCUCCUCUUCCGCGGCGGACAGCUCCGAGGACUCCGCGGCCAGCUCUGGCGAGGAGGGCAGGGGCACGGAGGUCCUGCGGGGGAAACUGGACAGGCGCGUGGGCAACAGGCUGUCGCUGUGCCUGACCAACCACGUCGUCCGCAGGUACUUCAGGCGCUACGCCGCGCUACGGCGCGAGGAUGGCUCCCGGGGCCUCGGGCCGGAGCGCAUCGGGCUCAUGGGCGUCGAAGUCGCUGGCGCGCUGCGGGUGCCCCACCAGAUAUUCAGGGAGCUGCCCACCGUCUUCGAGCGCUUCGACUUCGAUGGCUGCGGCAUGCUGAGCGAGGUCGAGUGCACGAACAUGUUCAGGAGCGUGAUGCGGCAGAAGCGCAAGGAGCUCCAGGGCCACGCCCGCGAGAACGCGGUGCCCGUGGCCACGCUGGGCGAGAGGGGCUACGUCGUGGAGCGUGAGCUUGGCCGGGGGGGGCAGGGCGUCAUGUACAAGUGCUCCAAGGUCGGUAGCAGCGAUCCCUACUGCGUGAAGUUCUACGACAAGUCUGUGGAUGAUGACAUCGACGACGUCAUAGAGGAGUAUACUCUGAUGAAGAGCCUCAGUAGCGAGUACAUCGCCAAGACUUACGAGGUCUUCCAGGACGAUUUGUAUUAUUAUCGCAGACCCAUAUUUUGGCGGUGA